GCCGCUCUCAUUGUUGCUGUUUUGUGGCCGGUGUGUUUGCUAGUUUACAUUUUUGGUUCUUGGUUGUUUCCCUCGCGCGGAGCGGAGCGUUCUCCCCUGCGAUAUCUCGGAUUUUACGCGGCGCGUCCUGUUGACAAACAAUCGGGAUAAUUGAGAGAAAACGCAGAAGGUCCGACGGUGGUGGUUGUCGGCGGUGGCGGAAAAGAUGCAAAAUCUGGAGGAGGUGUUGCAGGCGCUCGAUGAGUUCCAGAAGAUGCGACCGUCGGUGAUCCCGCAGGAGCUCGAGGACUACCUGUGCUGGGUCGCCAAGACCGGCGACCCCAUCUACCAGUGGCCGCUGAUCAAGACCCUCGUGCGGGAGAAGCUCACCCGCGUAAUGACGGACUUCUACGAGAGCUGCACCACUCUGGAGAUCGCGCCCUGCCCGAACGUCGAGCACUUCAACUACGACACCAUGAAGAGUAACCUGCUCGAGAGGCUCGAGUCGUUCGCGAACGCGCCCUUCACCGUCCAGCGGAUAUGCGAGCUGUUGACGGCGCCGCGCAAGGAGUACAAUCGCGUGGACAAGUUCAUGCGCGCCAUCGAGAAGAACAUCCUCGUGGUGUCGACGCGCGAGCCCGGCCCGAUAACCAGACGCGGCGAGACCGGCGACGGUAUGGUCAACGGAUCCGUCGAGGAGGACGCGGCCUCCGUCACACAGCAGCAGCAGCAACCGCCGCCACCGUCGCAGCCGCCGCCGCAACCUUCCUCGCAGCCGCCGACGCAGCCGAGCGCGCCGGACGUCGACAUGGACUGGGAGAAGGACUGCAACCCCACCGUCACGAUUAGCGUGCACACCGUCGAGAGCGAGCCGCAGACCCUCCUGCACGGCGCCGUCAUGCCGGCCGCCGAUUCCGCGCUGGCCAAGAAUCUGUUUGCGGACGAGGCGGCGGUGCGGGACAAGUUCGAGCAGGCCGCCCCCAGGACGGACGUGGCGGCGUCCAACUACAUCACCGCCGUCGCGGACUUCUCCGCCAUACCGAAUGUAAAUGUGCAGCCGCACGGACCGGCGCCGGAGGCCGUGGCGACCGCCGUUCCAGUUGUGCAGAGUCUACCGGCCGUCGGGACGGCGCCCGACGACUCGACGCUCCCGGGCGCUGACGUAGCAGUGGCGAUCAUCAACGAGGACACCAAUUCCCAGCCCAAUUUGGACUUGGAGAGCGAGGAGAUCGAGGCGACGGAGACGGCGAGUGUCGCGACGACAACUGCGACGGCGACAACGGCGACGGCGACGACUGCGACGACGACGACAGCGACGGCGACGUCCACGUCGGCGGUGGUGGCGGCGGCGACCACGACGGUGACCGUGGUGGCGACGGUGAUUCCGUUGACGACGGACACCACGCGGAAGCUGCAGGCUGCCUUCCAGGCGAAACGCUUCGACUCGGGCGACAGCAAGUGCACGGACAGACCCGACGAGAAGACGACGGAGCCGGCCAAGUUGGGCGAUGCGGAGGAGGCGAUCGAGCGUCCCGCGAAAAGCGAGGAAGCGACCCUGGCCAAAUCGAGCCCCGAGCGUAUGGAUCUUAACGAGAUGUCUCCCGACGAAAGUAGAUUAACCGACAAUUUAUUGCAGACCAACAUCAAGGCGAGAUCCGACGACGCGGACAGUGCGGAGAGUGUAGUCGAGGAGAGGCUGCCCGAUAAACAGGAGGAAGAGGGAGCGUCGAUCCUCGAGGAGAUGGACGAGGAGAACUUGCGUCCCACGAGCGGUCACCACGCGAACGCGACCGAGUUUCUCGAGUCGCGGCCGGUGGAGAAGAACAGCGCAGCCACCCCCGACGGGUGCGUGAGCGCGGUCAUCGUAUCCAGCAGCGACGCGAUGUACAAGACGGAAAAGUCUGAGGUGCACUCCGAAGAGGCGUCCGCGGCAAUUUCUUCUACAGAGUCUACGUUCGCGCACGAUCGACCUACGAGCGAGAAAACGGAGAGCGUGGAAGCGCUGGGUAAAGUCUCAGAAGCCAUUCCUACGGUAGCGUCUUCCAACAGCAACGCUAACGGACGAGAGGAGCACGAGGCUGAGUUUAACGACGACAAUUUGAACAUUAUGGAAAUCUCCAACGAUAAGCUGGCUCUUGCCGAGGCGUCAGAGCCGAUAAGCGUCGUGGAAGAACCCAAAGAACCGGCGUCCGCAAUUGAGAAACUCGACCCUGUCUCGUCCACCGUCGUCGAGAUGACAGACGACAGCCCUGACAAUGCCGCUUGUCGGUCGCCAAAGGACGAUAAGUUAACGGGUGUUCCAGACGACAGUUUAGCAAAUUCACAAGGCAAUAAAGCGGCUGCGUGCAUCGCGAUAACGGGGAAUCAAUCUUCUGUAAUAGAGAGUAUAGCGUGUAGAAGGGAGGCGAUGGAAUCGAUGGAGGUCGACGACGAAGAAUCAUUAGCGACGUUUCAACCGGAUGAACCUAUGGAGCAGGAAACAAUAGAGGAGUUGUCGAAAAGUUAAUCUUGACUUGUCUAAUUGGUCUCUCCUUCCCUUCGUUUAACGUUUAGGCAUCUAUUCUUAAGACAGAUGUCGGAAUACGAACCAACACGUAAAUAUCUUUGCGCAUAAAGUAAGACGCUUGCAACAUGCUUGUGAUGCGAUAUAUACAUAUGUGUAUUGUAUGUAUGUAUAUGUAUACACACAUACGUACACACGAGAUUGUAUGUGUAUACAUAUAUGUGCACAUACAUAAUUUCUAUAAUUGGUAAUUACGAAUCAUAAGAGUGAAAUGGUGAGCAAACGUUAGGUAAUGCUAAAAAAAAAAAGAAACGAAAAACUUGACUCCUAAUUUAAAUAUUAACCGCUGCUUUAAUUUAUUUUGGAUUUAUCGUUAGACUGAAUAUAAGCUCUGAUAUUUACCUGUAAAGAGAUGUGUCGAAGUGAAUUUUCUAUGAUUCUCGGAAGGAAAAAGAACACUGCCUACUCCUUAAAAAAAAAAACAAGAUUGUAAUACUGUGAAACCGCUUGUAUAGAAGUCAGAUUUGGUAAACAUUUAAAUACGGAUUUAUACAAGUACCAUGGAUAUCCGCUUAGAAUAAGGUUGUGCCUAUAAUUAUUAUGUACAUUGCACACUGGACAGGUAUACCUAAUGAGAUGAAUUUUUAAAUAAUGUACGAGUACCGUGCAGAUUCACGUGACACUUUUACAAUCGAGGCGAGCGGAGACGAGCUGCGUUCGUAAUCACAGCCUUAUACUAAGUUCCGAUCAAAUCUGGAUAUGCGUAAUGCCAAAGGAACCAGUUAACUCCACGAAUAUGUUCGAAAAUAAAUCGCAGAUACGUUCUUUGCAAAACUUUUUGUAGUCUUCAGAGACACCAGACCAAUGUUGCUUUAACUGUCUAUUAAAACUGCUGAAGAACUUACGUUCGAGACCAAUUAUUUCGAGUGUUUCGUAUAUAAUUGUUUAUCAUAAUCGGAGCAUCAUUAAAAUUCAUUUCACAAUUUCCGUUGUCAUUAGUAGGCAAGUAUCAGUAGGGUAUUUUCUUUUUGCGUUUGCUGCUAUAUGAAAGAGAAAAAGGCUCGAACAGAGCGAGCUAUGUUCUGCGAGCUUACAAGCAGCUCUUUGUGAUCGGAUAUUAACAUUCUGAUUCCUCCCGUGUCCUCUUUUCGACAAACAAAGAAGGUGUAUUUUAAGUUGAACUGUGCAUACAGGAAAUCUGAAUGAGAAACUUUAAAGCGGCCCAUUGCAAACUGAUGAAACUGACCUUAUUGAAAUUGAUUCACAAAUUAGAAUCCGUCAGCAUUAUAUCGAAUCGCUUACAGUUAUAUGUAUUUGCACAAAAUGUUCACAAGCGGAUUCGACGCGGUUCUACUGAAACGUUAUUAGAAUAUUGUAGGAAUAUGGGAUAUAUUAAUUUAAGAAUUAAACUAGAUUAAUAACACACAAUAUACGAAUGUGGAUAUCUAAAAAAGAUAGCUGUACAUUAUUUUAUAAAAAAAUAUAUAAAACUGAGAGAUUGUCAA